AUGCUGCGUGGGAGGCGACUGCCAUUGCCGCAGUCUCCGUUGUCACGAUGGAGGACCACAGCACCUGCACCUGGACUGCACCGCGCGACGGCAACAGCUUCCCUCUUCACGACCACCAUACGACUCAACGAUAAGGAACAUGACGAGCGGCUCGCACCGGUAUCUGAAGGACAGCAUGGCGAAGCCGGAAAGGGUGCGAAAACAAGACUUCGCAUACACAAGAUCGGGGUAUAUGGCGAUGACUGGGCACUUCUCCAUGGGAAAUGGGACGCGAAGCCCAUGGCGGAGCACACUCGAUUGAGUCUGCAGGGGAAGAAACCCUUUGGCGAUCGCGAUCCCGAGGACAGACAGAGGAUCGCCGAGAUGAGCACCAGGCUCCUUCGCCGCAAGCCCGCAAAGCGCCGUGAUGCACCCAAGGAAGUCAAGGGGAAGGAGAACUAUUACUCCCGAAAGCUUCUGCUGCACCGCGAUGAACCAAGUGAGCUGCAGCAGGAAAAGGAUCCUUCCUUGCGAAGGAUUUGGUAUCAGAGCGAUGCGCCCAGGAAUGCCCCCCAGAAGCAUUAUCCGCCACAGCGGGUUCCCGAAUAUCACGAUAGGCACCAUAAGUCCCCUCAAGGAGCAGCUUCGACAAAUAAACACAUGUUGCGUGAAGAAUUGUCACAGGAGUCUUCGAAAUCCACGGAGGGAAAAGCGAAUAUCACGACGGAGGAGCUUCAAAACAUCACAGUUCAUGUAAAGGGGAGGCAGGCCUCCGACGGCCUUGGUCCCACGGCUGAUCAGCCCCAGGAGGCAAUGCCUCCUAGAGCAGGCUUCGACUCACUGACUGAAAUGUCGCCUAGCACCAUAGAGGCCAUUAAGCGUCAGCGCGAACUGAUUGCUUCCGAAAAGCAAGCUCUUUUCAGGCCCAGACCGAUGGGCGCACCGGAUGUACCAGCACUCGAAGUACCUUACCAGGUGAAGCCGCUUGAUGCAGUCCUUGAUGCGGAACAUCAUCUCGGGGAAGUCUCUGUGGCUACAGCGGGAAUAGGCCCUGCUGAAUCACUCCAGAACUUGUUCGCCGAGGAUCCUGUGUUGAUGAAAGCCAGAUCGCUAGCGAGGAUGCCGGUUAGCUCUUCGUUCUCUCUACAGACGCCUUCACGACUUGAGGUGCACACGGAGCCGAGAUUUCGUCUUGUUUUCUCGCGCAAAACAACCCCUGGGAAGUUGCCGAAGAGCAUGGGACCUUUCAAACUCGAAUCGAAGUCUCUGCCAGAUAACACGAACCAGUUGCAGACCGAAAUUGGGACAAAGCCACAGCGAGAGCAGGACCAGGAGAGCGUCAUCAACAUCUCCAGCUCGCGGUCGGGCAAGGCUGAGACUACGGGUCUAGAGGGGCCAAAAAUGACCGAUGACACCGAGAUCAAGGCAGUGCAAAUCGAACUCCAAGCGGCAGAGGCUGAAAUCUUCGGUGCAGAGACGGGUAUUCAGCAGGCACCAGCCCCCGAAAAAGAGAGGCUUGGACUUGUAGGACCAGUUCAGUCUACGGACAAUCGCUCCAUUUUUGAAAGACUUUUCGCGGAGCCAGAGCGAAUCAAAGGCACUGGUUAUGGGCAGCCGACUUCUAAGCUAAGGACUGCCUUCUCAGCAGCGGAAAGAGGAGAGGCAAGCUCCGAAUCACAACAGAAGACUUCGGAUACAGCCCCACGGCAUGAUACAACCCUCGGCAGUGGCUUAUCAAUAUUCGGACAGCUAUUCCCCGAACAGGUCGAAUCGGGAGCAGUGAAUAAUCAACAAGACGAGCCUCGAGCAACACAUAAGAUGCUACACCCACCUGAAGAUUCUUUUUUGGUCUCCCUGCGGAACGAAGUCCGGAAUUGGAUAUCUAAAGAAGGACAGGACCGAGUGAUCGGGCCACAACCUGGAGAUUAUGGUUCCCAUUCGACCGUGGUGGUGAUUUCCGGGACAAGCCCCUCACUCAUCGACACGGACUUCUACCGCAUUGCACCGGAGGGCCAGCACGUGGAAGGUUGGGCCGGCGGCCUUGUCAAAGUCAUUCAAGCCCAUGACUCCAUCAGCUGGGAGCCCCUAGGCCGAUACUACCUUAUGUUCUAUUCGCGACCAUCCGCGUUAGCCUAUGUGGACGAGGUGCGACGUCUGCACGCCCUGAGCCGCCAGCUGCUCCACGCCCCAGCCGAUUCAGGCCGGGAGGUCGCCAAAGGUUCCCUGGACCAGUCGCCCAUAUCACCCCAGCCCUUCCUGACCGACGAGGAGAGGGCUGCUGUCCGGUCCUUCACGCUCUACUCUCCCAACAUCAAGCCAAACAUCAGCGUGCGUAUGUGGAACACGGAGCUCGUCAAGGAGCUCGCGGCCAAGUCCAACAUCGCCGACAUCCUGCCAACGCUGCGGCCCGAGGGGAGCACGCCGGCCCGGGUGCUGUUGAAGCUGUCGUCGCCGGACGGGCAGCACGGCGAGGGCCAGGGUGGCCUGACGACGGACGAGCUGUGGCUGACGCUCCGGGACGACGGGCGGGAGCGCAGCGCCCCCUGGGUGCUUGCCAACUUGACCGAGGGCAUCAUGCCCGUCAAGCCAAGGUUUAUCUCCGAGCACUACAAGAUCAAGGUGAAGGCGGAGCCGGUGUCCGUGCCCUUGGAGUUGGACGAGGACGACGUGAAGGACGAGCAUGGUGGGUCGCCGGUCGCCGGCCCGCUGCCAGACAGCAGCGAGAAGGAUGGUAAGACGAACGAGCCUGCUGGCGCCGUGGACCGCAACGAGCGCUUCAACAGGUUCGUCCUGACGUUCACACAGCCUGCCAUCGCGAGGCGGUUUGUCAGGUGCUGGCACAAGCGGGCCGUGUACGAUGCGGUGCUGGAGAGGAGUGUCGUGGUUGAUGCUGUGGCUAUCAUGUAG